GGUUUCCACUCCCAGUCAGGCUAGCCUGUCGCUGUUCACCGUUCACACAGAAAUGGAUUAAUUCUCCUCCCAAAAUGUUUCUCCUCAUAAUAAGAGAACAAUGAGAUCUCUCCUGAAGAUGUUUCCACAAUCAGGGAAAUCAAUUGUGUUUGACAACUUUCCAGAUCCCACUGACACGUGGGAAAUUGUUGAGACAAUCGGGAAAGGGACCUACGGUAAAGUCUACAAGGUGCUCAACAAAAUUGAUGGAAGUAAGGCAGCUGUAAAAAUACUGGAUCCCAUCCACGACAUCGAUGAGGAGAUCGAAGCGGAGUACAACAUCCUGAAGGCUCUUUCUGACCACUCCAAUGUUGUCAAAUUCUACGGGAUGUACUACAAAAAGGAUGUGAAAUGUGGGGAUCAGUUGUGGCUCGUCCUGGAGCUUUGCAAUGGUGGCUCGGUGACGGAUCUGGCCAAAGGCAUGCUGAAGAGAGGAGACCGAAUGGAUGAGGCCAUUAUUGCCUACAUCUUGCAUGAGGCCCUCAUGGGCCUCCAACACCUGCAUGUCAACAAGACCAUCCACCGUGACGUCAAAGGCAACAACAUUCUGCUGACCACACAAGGCGGGAUCAAGCUCGUGGAUUUUGGUGUAUCGGCCCAGCUGACAAACACCCGUCUGAGGAGGAACACCUCCGUGGGAACUCCCUUCUGGAUGGCUCCAGAGGUAAUUGCGUGUGAGCAGCAGCUUGACUCGACCUAUGAUGCCCGUUGUGACGUGUGGUCCCUCGGCAUCACCGCCAUAGAGCUGGGAGAUGGAGAUCCACCGCUCUCCGAUCUCCACCCGAUGAGAGCACUUUUCAAAAUACCUAGAAACCCUCCCCCGACUCUCCACCAGCCGGAGCUGUGGUCGGACCAAUUUAACGACUUCAUCUGCAAAUGUCUGAUUAAAGACUUUGAGCUGAGACCCAACGUACUUGACCUGCUCCACCAUGCGUUCAUCAAACAGAUUGUCGGCAGAGAGAAAAUUCUUCAGAAACAAUUAAUGGAACUCAUUGAUCUCAACCAGCAAAUGGGAGUUAUUGAAAAGACAAGCCAUCAAGGAAAGACAGACAGAGGCUCAGACGGUAAUGAAAGGCAUGAGCGCAUCCACACCAAGAAAGGCAGCCAUAUGAAGACACAGAUCGCCGCAGACGAGGUGGACGACCUCGCCACCAUAGAAGUGCUUGAUGAGAAUACAGUCACAGAGCAGCUUCAGAGCCGCUAUGGGAGGAAUCAAAUCUACACGUACGUGGGAGACAUCCUCAUCGCCGUUAAUCCUUUCCACAAGAUGGAGAUCUACACUCCAGAGUACACGAAGAUGUACAUCGGAGCGAAGCGCACGGCAAACCCACCGCACAUCUUUGCCGUGGCCGACGUUGCUUACCAGUCCAUGGUGUCGUACAAUGCAGAUCAGUGCAUAGUGAUCAGCGGGGAAAGUGGAGCAGGGAAAACGGAGAGCGCUCAUCUGUUGGUGCAGCAGCUGACAGUUCUCGGAAAGGCCAAUAAUCGGACGCUUCAGGAGAAGAUCCUGCUGGUCAACAGCUUGGUGGAGGCUUUCGGAAACGCCUGCACCGUCAUCAACGACAACUCCAGCCGCUUUGGCAAGUACCUGGAGAUGAAGUUCACCUGCGGGGGAACGGUGGUGGGAGCGCAGAUAUCCGAGUACCUGCUGGAGAAAUCCAGAGUCAUCUACCAGUCGGCAGGAGAGAGGAACUUCCACAUCUUCUAUUAUAUUUAUGCCGGCCUGGCCGACAGGAAGAAACUAGCCCACUACAAGCUCUCGGACAGCAAAACUCCCAAGUAUCUGUGUAACGAGCACAUUAAAUUAGGGCCUGACAUAGUGAGCAACGCCUUUUACAAGGAGCAGUUUGAUGCAGUGGAGCAGUGUUUCAAAGUCAUUGGAUUUACCCUGGAGGAACUGGGCAGUGUUUACAGCAUCCUGGCCGCCAUCCUCAACUCAGGCGAUAUCGAGUUUUGCGCGGUUGCCUCCGAGCACCAAACGGACAAGAGCAACAUCUCCAACAUUUCUGUCCUGGAGAACGUGGCGUCGCUGCUGUGCAUCCGCUCAGAUGAACUCCAGGAAGCCCUGACCUCCCACUGUGUGGUGGCCCGGGGCGAGACCAUCGUCAGGUCCAACACUGUGGAAAAGGCAGCGGAGGUGAGGGACGCCAUGGGCAAAGCGCUCUACGGCCGUCUCUUCAGCUGGAUUGUCAACCGCAUCAACACCCUGCUCCGGCCCGACAGCCACCUGGGGGAGGAUGACAAGGGCUUGAACAUCGGCAUCCUGGACAUCUUCGGCUUCGAGAACUUCAAGAAGAACUCCUUCGAGCAGCUCUGCAUCAACAUCGCCAACGAGCAGAUCCAGUUUUACUUCAAUCAACACAUUUUCGCGUGGGAGCAGGACGAGUACCUCAACGAGGAGGUAGAUGCUCGGAUGAUUGAGUAUGAGGACAACCGGCCCCUCCUGGAUCUGUUCUUGCAGAAGCCGAUGGGGAUGCUCUCUCUGCUGGACGAGGAGAGCCGCUUCCCGCAGGCCACCGACCAGACGCUUGUAGAGAAGUUUGAAGAUAACCUCAAGACCAAAAACUUCUGGAGACCAAAGAGGGUAGACCUUGGCUUUGGUAUUCACCACUACGCAGGGAAGGUGAUUUACAACGCCGGAGGCUUCUUGGCCAAGAAUCGAGACACACUGCCCGCCGACAUCGUCCUGCUGCUGCGAUCGUCGGAGAAUGAUAUCAUUCGCAAACUUGUCACCCAUCCUCUCACCAAAACAGGCAACCUUGCCCACACCAAGGGUAAAGGCAUAAACACAGUCCUCAGCCCGCGGACCCCUACACGCACCAUCAGCUUUGCCAAGAUGGGAAUGCUUAUGUUAUACAGUUCUUUAUCUUUCAGUGAGCCCUCUCGGAAAUUAAUGCUCAGCCCUGAAAAAAAGAGCUCGCUCGCUGUGCCUCCUCAUGACACAGUGCAAAUGAAAACGGGCGAACCUGGAGAGACCACUCACCACCCGAGAGAAACCACCAACAUGAGAACACAGACAGUGGCCUCCUACUUCAGAUACUCUCUGAUGGACCUGCUGUCCAAGAUGGUGGCAGGACAGCCCCACUUUGUGCGCUGCAUCAAACCCAAUAACGAUCGCCAAUCCAACAAGUUCGACCGAGAGAAGGUUCUCGUUCAGCUGCGCUACACGGGCGUUCUGGAGACGGCCAAGAUCAGACGGCAGGGAUACUCUCACCGCAUCCCGUUUACAAACUUCAUCAAGAGGUACUACAUCCUGGCUUUCCACGCUCACGAAGAGCCGGCUGUGACCCCAGAGACAUGUGCUGCAAUACUGGAAAAGGCCAAGCUGGAGAACUGGGCCAUGGGGAAAACGAAAGUGUUCCUCAAGUACUACCACGUCGAACAUCUGAAUCUGAUGGUGCAGCGGGCCACACAACGCAUUGUUCUGCUCCAGGCGUAUGUCCGUGGCUGGCUGGGGGCCAAGCGGUACCGCCGCAUACUGGAACAGAGAGAACAGAGUGCUCUAGUCUUACAGUCAGCUUACAGAGGGCAUAAAGUUCGGAAGAGGGUCGCUGAUGAUAAAAGCAAAGCAAAGUUUGAGGCCUUCAUCAUCCAGUUUCAGGCUGUUUGCCGAGGCUAUCUUGCAAAAAAGAAGUACAAGGACUUGGUAGAGGAGAAGAAUAAAGCUGCAACCAAGAUUCAGGCACGCUACCGAGGGCACAGGGAAAGGAAGAGCUUCAAAAGAAAACAAGAGGCCAAAGCGAAGGAGAAAGCUGAGAAAGACCUUGAGGAAAGCAAACAAGAGACACCGGAAGCAGAGAACAGCGCUACAGAAGAAAAUGCUCCAGACAGUAGAGUGAGCAGUGAGGAAGAGGAAACCAAAGCUGCUGUGGUUCUCCAGAGUAACUACAGGGGCUACAAAGAGAGGAAGAAACUAAAGGCAAGACACAAGACCAUGGCUGGAGAUGAGCUAGCGCUACCACCGGCCACAGUGGAGGAACAAAACGAGGACGGGCAAGAGCCGACCAGCGCACAAACAGAGGCGGGCCAGGAAGAUGAGGACGAUGACAGCACUUUUGAGGCAGAGGAGAACGAUGACAGCGAUCACACACAGGUGCCCGAAGAUGAGGAUGAAGAACAUACAGAGGUGGCCGAUGAGAUGGUGGUGGUGGACGAGGCGGCGCCAGCAAAGGAUGCCAAAAAAGAAGGGCAGGAAGAGGACAAGAAUGAGGAAGAGGCUGUUGGGGUUGAGGGAAUCAACUUAGAGGACGAAACCAAAGCAGCCACUGUUCUGCAGAGUAAUUUCAGGGGUCACAAAGAGAGGAAGAGGUUGGAGGCAGAAGGCAAGAUCCCAGCCAAGAAACAGAGAGUCAACAGUCCUACUAGUGAGGAAACGCCAGCAGAGGAGAUCUGCAGCGAACAGACGGCCAAUGAAGAAUUAAACGACCUUCAGGAAAACGCCUCCACAAGUGAUGUCAAGUCAGACGAUGCAGAAGAGGCUAAGGCAGCCGUGGUGCUUCAAAGUAAUUUCCGCGGCCACAAGGAGCGUAAACGACUUGAGGAGGAAGGGAAGAUCCCCAAGAAAAGGAAGAAGGAGCAACAAGUUUCACCAGAGCCAACAGAGGAACAAGUCACGCAGGAAGAAGAACCAGUGCCAGAAUCUCAGGUGGAUCAAUCUGAGGAACAGGGGGGGCUGGACGAAGAAAAAGCCGCUACUGUCCUUCAAAGUAACUUCAGAGGCCAUAGGGAUAGGAAGAAAUUUAAAGCAGAAAGAGAGGCAAAACAGAAAGCGCAGGGAGAACGCUUGAUUCACGAUGAAAAAGAGGAAACCAUUGAGGAGGCAGAUGAAAAGAUGGUGGACGUUAAUGAUGUGAUGAUAGAGUGUACAGACGAGAUAGAUGCCGAAAAUGAGCGAUUGGAGCAGGAGCAUGCUGCAGUGAAGAUCCAGAGCAACUUCAGAGGCUACAAGGACAGGAAGAACCUGAGGGCCAACAAGGAAACAGCAACAAAAGAAGCUCAGCAGCUGGAGUGUUUCUCCAAACAAAUCACAAAGACGUCUCAGGAGUUUGUCGCAGUUCAGCUGAAGUUGAAUGAGAUCAUCCAGGCCCAUCAAUCAGACCCUGAGAGCAACGGCAUGUUUGUGAGAGGAAAUGCAAUCAACGGCUUCACUCCCAAGAAUCACCAGUCAGCUCACAUGAAAGCGCGGAGCCCCCGCAGGACGCAGCAACCAAAGACCCUCAACACACCAGAAGACUCCACCUAUUACAACCUGAUUCAUCGUUCGGUCCAGGAUGAUAAACGCAGGCCCAGGAAAGAAGGUCCAGGGAAGCUGCUUGAUGUAGAUGACCAGUACUACCAGGGCCUGGCCCCGAAGAAGCCUGCUCCAUCCGCAUCGAGUGAUAAAAUAGCCCCCAGCGCCCCUGUGAGGAGGCAGUCAGUGGAGCGAAGACAGUCCUUGGAGAGGAGACGAUCCAUGGACAGGAGACAGACCCGGGACAGAAGGCAGUCAACCGAGCGGAGACCAGCUGCCGACAGGAGGCAGUCUAGAGAGAGGGCCAUCUCUGAACCGGAGCCUCCAAAACCUCCCAAAGAGAAGAGGCGCUCCGUUCCCAGAAUGCCCUCUACGGAGAGUCGCACCGAGGAUAACCCGUACGACUACAGACAUCUACUGAGGAAGACCUCCCAGCGACGAAGGCUCAUCAAACAGUACUGAGCACAUGACUGGACUUUUGGCCGCUUUGGACCAGCACACGUAUAAUCUGGCAAAAUCAGAGGCAUCACGCACACCAUGUAGAAGUCAUCAUGACAAUUCAUAUCAUGAUAUACAAUGAUAAGAAGCACAUAAAUGCAUAGAGUAUACAAUCCAUAAUAGCUUCUACAAUAGUUUUUUUGAAGUUGUUAAGUGAGAUAAAAUGCAGAUACUGUCAUUUGGUGUUUUGGAGACAUUAUUGAAGCACUGCAUUGUAGGCUAUACUGCAGAGAUGAGUCAUAAGUCACUAUAUGAGUAAGUACUACAUGAGUCACUACCAGGCUAACUCCUCUAUAUUCAGCGCAUUACACUCAAGUCAAGUACAACUGUAAAUAAUAAAUGUUCCUCCCUUUUACUCUUUUGUAAAGAUUUUAUGUGCUGUUCAGCUCACUUGCAUUCGUUUUGUGGUCUUAUUUUUUUGUUUGGGGUGUAACUUGAAGAGGAUUAGGUGCCUAGCAGAUUGCCUUGGCACAAACAGCAAAAAUUAAGGCUGUAAAUGAGGGUUUUAUUUAUGUAACAUGUAAUCCAGUCAGUGAUAAUUUUGGUCAUUCACUGUUUUGAUUUCUGUGGCUUUGAGUAAUCAAAUUAAUUUUGCUGGAGUUUUUUGGUCUUAUAUUCUCUUUGAGAUUGAGCAUAUCCAUUUAAACCUCAAAUAUAAUUUUAUAAUAUCUGUAGAUCAUGUGUAAAUACACUAACAGAACUUGAUCAUUCCAGGCCGUGUUCUCACACUUGAAGACUUUGCAGUUUUGUUUGCAGAAAAAAGAGCUUCAGCCUUCGGCCACAGUGUCUCUUAUGCUGUAUCCUGUUGUAAGAAGUGCUCAUUCUUUUAUUGCUGAAAUUUCAAUAUCUCCAUGUUGUCCAUUUAAAUAUAUAACUCAUCAGAAUCCUU